AAGUCAAAAUUCGGCCAUAGAUAUACGACUGUUAGAGGGAUUGGAGACUGGUCACGUGAGCGCAUUACUACUACACUCACCAUCCGCGUUUGUGUUAAGUAUAUUCAUAGUCACGCCUUUUCUUUGACCUUGUGCUAUUUCAAUGGAGGAAGAGCAGAACCAACAGUACAUUUUUGUGGGACUAUUGUAUUAGUUUGGAAGCUUAAUACAGACAGGUCUGCAAAUGGAAGGAUAAAACUGAGGUUUUUGUUUAAAAGAAUCAUGAAUAUAGGAGAUAUGAUGCUUCAAAGGCACUUAUAGGACACAAAUUUUAAUUAUCUGUCAAUAUCAUUAUAUUAUUGUAGUAUUCAAUGCUUAUUUGUAGACCUUAUAGCAUUUGGAGUAGUUUCUUGAAAGGAUCAUGAUAGCUGCCAUUGUGAAGGGGUGUGACUUAAGGCAAACACGGAUGGUAGGCACUAAUUGUGCUAAUUGCCAAGAGUCUCCAAUCCCUCUAACAGUCGUAUAUCUAUGAUGCUAGCAACAUAAAAAUUAGUCUAGGGAUAGAUGCUAGUCUCUCCUACUUCCUUUGAUAUAAAUAAUGACGUUAGUGACACCACUGCUGGAAUGACAGGUCUCAAAAAGACAGCUCUUGCUCAAAGACAGCCUCCGUUGCUAGAUGCAAAUGUCAACUAGCAUCCGUAUCCUAGCGAUGUAUACGGAGAUGCCCCGUUUCCAAUCCCUCUGUACUCAUAUUAUCUAUGACUGACCACACCCAUAUAGGCACAAAAUAUAAACUAUAAACUGCACAGCAGCCACAGCUUUUUUAGGCGGGAUUGUGAUUUGUGAGGAAGAAGAAGUUGAAGAAAAGGAGACAGAGGAGCUGAAGAAGAACCGCUGCCACGUGAUCGGAGGAGCUAAAACGCAUUCACUGUUUCAGACCUCGAAGGUGUAAAUUGGCUCUUAAGAAGCUUAUGAGUUAAACUAGUCUCGUGCCUAGAGCUAAACCUACCUGUUGGAAGUUGUAGCUAAGCCAUUCUUUUCUUUAUUUCUCUUCUCUUUUUACCAAUAAUGGCGAACCAGAUUAGCAAGAAAUGGCCAAGCAUAAUGGAAAAGAGAAAGGACACUUCAAGCACAGGACCUAUCACUUCUACAGCCUCUGAAGUAUCGCUUAGAUUUGACUACCAGUUAGAGCGUACUAGAUCUAACAGUGAUAGUACUGAUAAUGAAGAAAUACCUGCGGUCGGCUACCCACCAGCAGGCGAUGUACAUGUAUCUGGUGACAAGGUUUCACUUGAAGAGGGUGAGAGAUGGAGGAAAGAAGAGAUGUCUGACAAGGAAGAGAGCACAGAGGAAAGAAGAAAUGAAAAGAAGAGGCUUAAUCGAAACGAAGAAGGCCUGCAGGAGGGAGAAUUAGAAGAGAAGUUGUCUAAGAAGUUAAAAACGGAGGAAGUUCAAGAAAAAGAAAAGGCAGUCGAAGUUCAAAAUGAAGCGAAUCAUUCUGAUUCUGAUGCCACUGAUAUUGCGUUAACGGUCAUGGACUACACUGAUGAUUUUUAUAAAGGUAGGCAUAACACAUCCAAUAAAGCCAACAGUAUGUGGUGUAGUCCAGAGGUGGACUCUCCAGCUGCUAAUGAGAUAAGAGCAUCAGGUAGUGAAGAGAAUGAAAACGGCUCUUCUGAUGCAAGCGAUGAAGGAAUUAGCCAACCCGUCACCAACAGUAUAAACGACAUUACCGACCGUACAAACUACAUUGCCGACAGUGAUCCUGAAGAACCCCAAGCUUCUUCAAUAAUGUUAAAUAUUGGUUUAGUGUAUUGUGUACAUAACUGGGACGCAAGUCCUGCUGAAACCAUGUGUGCACAU